CAAUUAACCCAGAAUAUCCACCCUACCGAUCUUUGUCGCUCACUCUCACUUAGUCCAUCACGAAGUUUACACCAAGUCUCGUCUUCUUCAUCGAGAUAUUCACCCUGAGAAUCUCAUGGUCCAGGAGGUCUUUUCGGAUGGCAAAGGCCAAUACAAAGCAUAUCUGAUUGAUUUUGACUUCGCAAUCGAGGCUGGAGCUCGGGAACCCGGUUUCUCCCCUACCCAUCGGACCGUCAUUACCCCAUUCCUAGCAUUGGAGCUGACGACAGAGUCGGAGCAUCGUCCCCGCGCUUUGUAUCGGCAUGAUCUCGAGUCCUUCUUCUGGACGUACUGGUGGAUUGCAAUAUAUUAUGGUGGAGACUUUCGGCGUCCCCUAAAGCGCCGAAGGUUGUCGUCUUCCAGGCGCAAAGACGAUUUUGUUGAUUGGUAUGUGGGGACUUUUGGGGCCAUUAGACGAAGAAAAGCAGCCUUUCUCGAUGACCCUUACUCGAUCCACCUUUCCCCUGGAAUGGAAUCCUUGCACCCAAACAUACAAAAGUUGCGCGAAUUAUUCAACGACGCUAAUGAUUGCCUGCGUCGGCAAAGGCGGAACCCUCGCCCAGAUUUCGAUCAGGAGACUAUUGACGGUCUAAUUACUUACGAAGGAAUCAGAGCCCUUUUAUGACUGAAGGCUGCGAAUAGCUGCUCGUGAAGUGGAUUAAAGUGGGGGGAUGUCAGAGUGGCGUGUAGCCAGAGAAUUAUCCGAUCUGCUUCCCGGACUGUGGACGCGUGGUCUUGCCACUGAUCCACUCACGAUUGGAGUGCUUCUAAUUAUGCCUACCCUUGCCAAUCAGACGCAUUGUUAUAUAUUGAUCAUACCUUUCCUCAUACAUGAUCAUCUUGUCGCUGUCAGUACAACAAGGAUCGCCAUCGCUGGGGAAUCAAACGGUAUAUAAGUCGAUCUGUUGGGAUGGACA